AUGAAGAAGCUGUUUCUGGGGGCCCUCGCCCUCGUAACUCUGUGCGAGGCACUCGCGGUGUCCAACAUCGGCUUCGUCUCCGCUUAUGGCCCUUCUGCUUCAGGAAACGAAAACAUCAAGGUUGCAAUCACGUUCAAGCUCGAGGACGAAACGCUUCGGCGGCGACUAUACAAGGCCCUUCGGAGCUCCAUGACCGUGGGAGAACUGAAAAACGCGCUGCGGACGAAAGAGCCAUGGGUAGGAGAUCUCUCUAGCAUCACAUCUGCUCUUCCCAAAGGGACCGGAAUCAACAUGGCAAUCUCUGCCGAUGAAGUACACAGAACCAUUCAUAGGGAGUCCACGACUCUGGGCACGCUGCUACGGCAACAGCAGAUUGCCGCUGGAAAGGAAAAAGCUGAUAGAUCGAAAAUCUCUGAGGCCACCGGCGAACAAAGGAAUCGCACAGCGCAGCAGGGGCACGAUGACCUCAGCGAAGCCCUGAGGCUCACUGUCACGUAUUCGCCGACUGUGGAUAAAUCAAACCCUUUGGACGGCGGCGAGUGGCACAUAGCACACACGCUACAGUACGAGCCUUCCUCGUUGAAUUCCCCCAUUGAAAAGAAGUACAAGAGACUACGAAAGUGUAUAUGUCCAUUAUUGUACCAGCCCGUGUGUGGCGUGGAUGGUAUAACGUAUAGUAACGAGUGCCUGCUAAAGUGCAAUAAAGUCCGCUCGGAGCAUGACGGACCUUGCGAGGAGGACUCUCAAGUCCCAUCUGACUCAACGGGUCAGGGACCGGCAGAAUGCCCCUGCCCUCUUUUGGAUGACCCAGUCUGCGGCAGCGACAAUAAAACUUACAGCAACGAAUGCGUUCUGAAAUGUCACGGUGCCCGGCUGGCGUAUAAUGGGCCUUGCCUGGCAGACGAUCAAGAAUCAACGGCCAGAUGCCACUGCUCAAGUCGAGUAGAUCCGGUGUGCGGGAUGGACGGAAAAACCUACCCAAAUCAGUGCAUUAUGCGGUGCAAUAGUGUUAGGAGGAAGCACCGCGGCGCAUGCAGCAAACUAGGCAGCUCUGACAACUGCCAGUGCUCAGAUACCGUCGAUCUAGUGUGCGGGCACGAUGGAGUUACAUAUAAUAAUCAGUGUCUGCUGGAAUGCCACGGGGGCACCCUAGAUCACCGAGGCGCCUGUGACCUCCUACAGGGAUCUGGGAUAGAUGAAGACUGUGGCUGCACCCGCGACUACCACCCGGUCUGUGGCAAGGAUGGCAAUACGUAUCCCAACAAGUGCUUCCUAAAAUGCGAUGGCGUCAAAAUGGCUCAUAAGGGUGAGUGCGUCCCGGCAUCUGCCCCAGAUAGCAAAAGAUGCGUCUGUCCCCUAAUCGAGGAUCCUGUAUGUGGCAGAGAUGGUGUCACAUACGCAAACGAUUGCCUUAUGAAGUGCAACCGCGUCCGCCUAGCGUAUCGUGGAGAGUGUAAGCAAGAGGAUGAUGAAGUCUGUGACUGCCCCAAGGACUACGACCCUGUAUGUGGCAAGGACGGAAUCACAUAUCAGAACAGGUGCCAGCUGAAGUGUGCCCGAGUCAGGCUCGACCACGGUGGCGAGUGCGGAUACAAAACAGCGUGCCAGUGUAAAUUUUCACUUCCAGAGCCUGUGUGCGGGGUCGACGGUAAAACGUACUCCAACCGGUGUCUUCUACGAUGCAGCAAAACAAGACUAGACCAUACAGGUCCGUGCGCGACUGAUGAGGCGAAUACUUCGUCUAUUUCUUCGUUAAAAACAGAGUCGUCACCUGAAAGGGAGUGCGCAUGUCCUUAUAAUAUCGACCCGGUCUGUGGGCUGGAUGGCAAGACAUAUGAUAACAAGUGUCUCAUGAGGUGUAACGGCGUUCUGCGGAAGCAUGACGGAGAGUGUAAAACGGAGCAAAAUGCAUGCAGCUGCCCGAAAACUUACGAUCCAGUCUGCGGAAGAGACGGGAACACAUAUGGUAACAGUUGCCUCAUGAGGUGCGGAAAAAUCGCUCUGAAACACCGCGGUCCUUGCGAAGAAGAUGCAGAGAGUGACGAGGCAUCCAGCACCUGCAAGUGUCCCAAAAUAACAAACCCUGUUUGCGGCAGGGAUGGGAAAACCUAUGAGAACGAGUGCCUCCUCAGGUGUGAAAAGAUUAGACUCAAGCACCGGGGGCGCUGCGACGACAAGGAGGCGAGUCCGACACUUUGCAAGUGCUCGAAGGUUCUUGAUCCAGUUUGCGGCGCGGAUGAAGUAACGUACGGGAAUGAAUGCCUUCUCCAAUGCGCCAACGCAACUCUGAAGCACAGAGGGCCCUGCCAAAGUACCGAGCAGGACGGCGCAGAAGACAGCACUGGGUGCAUGUGCCCGUUCCUGUGGGAUCCUGUGUGUGGUAGGGAUGGUAAAACAUAUCCCAAUGCCUGCACCAUGAAGUGCAAAAAAGCAACACUGAAGCACUGGGGAGAGUGCAAGGAUACAGCUACGCUCGCAUCCCAAGGCACUCCCGUUACCGACGGUUCCGAGUUGCAGGACGACGGUAACAGCGGCAAACCGGGUUUGACAGAGUCUGAGCGUAAGGCAUCCAAAAUCGCAUCCAUCCCUACAGUAUCUAGCAAGUCACGGACGAAGACGUUAGACCCUGAACCAUUCCUUGGCAGAGCACACUGA